AUGACUAUCUGUACUUAUAAUGCACGUACGGUUGCAUUGGAAGCUGCCAUCGAAGAUCUGAUGAUGCAAGCCAAGAAAAUCAAGUACGUCGUCAUUGGACUGACCGACGUCACCCUCUCAACGCCGUAUAUGAAAGAAGAAGAACUGUUCCUAGGAACAUGCAACAGUAGAAGUGUUGGUGGAGUUGGCAUCCUCGUCAACACGAGCAUGGCAAAGAACAUCGACUCUUUCGAACAAAUUACGACCCGAAUCGACGUCUGCGGAUGA